AUGAGUUCCACGUCUUCAGAGGGGCUGGCUCCAGGUGGGAGUUGGUCUGACGUGACUGGAGCUUCCACGCCUCGGACAUUUUCUGGCGCCAGCUCGGUAACAUCGUUCUUCUCGGUUGACGACAGAAGUACGUUGGGCAAAGUUGAGGGUCUUGCCAUUUAUCCACACGUAACACCAGCAUCUCCUCGAACGCUGGUACAGGUCCUGGAUGCCACCAUCUCUGCGCAUCCCGAAGCGCUGGCUAUCGACAAUGGAACUUCGAGCCUCACGUACGCUGCUCUUCGAAAGGAGAUUCGAACCAAAGCAGCACAACUCAGGGAGGCCGGCGUGUCGGUCGGUGAUCGGGUCGGCAUCAGACUGAGCUCAGGGACGAUAGAACUCUACGUUGGAAUCCUGAGCGUACUUUCAGUCGGCGCUGCGUAUUGCCCAGUCAAUGAAGACGACCCCAAGGAACGAAUAGAUCUGGUCUGGACUGAAGCCGAUGUUGUUGCCGUGCUGACAGACGAGGGCGUUGUUGUUCGUCGCCAGAGCAAACGAUCGCCAAGCGAAGCAGGCCCUACUACCGAAGACGACGCCUGGAUCAUCUUCACAUCAGGAUCUACUGGCAAACCAAAGGGGGUAGCUGUGACGCAUCGGAGUGCAGCAGCUUUCGUGGAUGCGGAAGCAGAUUUGUUCUUGCAACAAAAGCCACUCGGCCCGGGUGACAGAGUGCUAGCCGGCCUCUCAAUCGCAUUCGACGCAUCCUGCGAGGAGAUGUGGUUGGCUUGGAGAUACGGCGCAUGUCUUGUGCCUGCUCCCCGGUCUGUCGUCAAGGCUGGACCUGAGCUGGGUGCCUUCCUCAUUGCACAAAGCAUAUCUGUGGUAUCGACAGUGCCGACUUUGGUUGCAAUGUGGCCUUCAAGGGCACUGGAAAACAUUCGCCUACUCAUUCUUGGUGGAGAAGCUCUUCCGCCCGAGCUAGCAGAUCGACUUGCAUGUAGCGUCAGCGGCGAGGUGUGGAACACUUAUGGCCCGACAGAGGCCACUGUAGUGAGCUGUGCUGCACAAGUGAAGCCUAAGCAGCCAGUUGCAAUCGGGUUGCCGCUAGUAGGCUGGAAGCUGGCUGUGAUUGGACCGAAUGGCCGAGCUGUUCGGUGGGGCGAAGAGGGAGAAUUGGUGAUCGGAGGCAUCGGAAUGGCGAGAUAUCUGGACUCUGAGAAGGACAAAGCCAAGUUCACACCGCUCGAAGAAUUCUCUGGAGAACGAGCCUACCGGAGCGGUGAUCUGGUGCGCGCAGAAAAGGAAGGCUUGUUCUUCGUCGGCCGCAAUGACGAACAAAUCAAAUUUGGAGGCCGUCGUAUCGAGCUCGGCGAGAUUGAUGCCGCACUCUUAAUGUUGGAAGGUGUGAGCGCUGCAGCGUGCACCAUUCAGCGUAGUGAGAUGGGCUCGCAAGUCCUGGUCGGCUACGUUGUGAGGAGUCAUGGAGAUCCUGCAGCAGAUCGCGAGAAGCUUCGGAAUAUGCUUCCCCCAAGCCAAGUACCAAUGAUUGCGACUGUGGACCACAUACCGAUACGGCCAUCAGGAAAGGUUGAUCGCAAAGCGUUGCCGUGGCCUUUGCCGACGUCUCUCAUGUCCGACGACCAGCAGCUAGACGGUACCAUUGGAUAUGUCGGCGAGCAAUGGCGCCGAGUCCUCGGUGUAAAGCCUGCGCCGGAUUCGAACUUCUUCGAUCUGGGUGGCUCGAGUCUGGGAGCUGCUCAAUUGGUGUCACAGUUGAGAGCCAAGGUACCAUCACUCUCGGUGGCAGACGUGUACGAGCAUUCCAGCUUGUGUGACAUGGCUGCGCGUGUCGACGAGCUGUCCAGCGCACAUCAGGAACAACGCGAGGUUGUGCCAACGCCUCGUUGGACCUUCGUCGUUCAAUUGCCGUUGCUCUUCAUCGAAUUCCUGCUGGAAGGGCUUCGGCUGCUUGCCAUCAUGUUUUUGACCAAGAAGGCCUUCUCUGUGAGGUUGCAACCCACUUCUUGGGCCGCGCGGCACGAUAUACCAUGGUGGCUAGUCGCUGUGGUGUGGUUUCUAAUGAUCAGUAUGCCUGGGCGGGUUAUUGUCUUCACUUCGAUCGUGAGGGUUCUGACUCUUCGCAUUGCCCGGGGAACAUACAAGCGUGGCAGCUGGACACACAUUCGUCUGUGGGCGGCUGAGCGCUUCGUCGACACCGGGCGUCUUGGUGGAGUUUCCGGAACCAUCUGGGCCCGUGUCUAUGCUCGGCUACUUGGCAACAAGAUGGAAGGCCAUGUUCAGCUGCACACGCUUCCACCAGUGACAGGCCUGGGCACUUUCGGCCGAGGGUGCGCUAUCGAACCCGAAGCCGACAUUGCAGGCUGGUGGCUCGACGGCGAUCUGUUACACAUUGGCGAAGUGAGAAUCGGAGAGGGAGCUCGCGUUGGCACCCGCAGUUUGCUUAUGCCAGACACAACGCUUGAGCCAUAUGCCACUGUCGAGCCUGGAAUUUGUGCCAAGGACGUAAUCAAAGGUCCUGAUGCAAUCUUCCCAAUACACCCACAGGUUGCGAACGAGCCUUCUUUUGGGCGCAGAAUCUGGACGAUGGUCCGAGACACGCUGAGUCUGCUGAUCCUUGACCUUCUGCCGGUGCUCACAGUUGCUCCGGUCUGGGGCAUGGCUGCAGCAUUGACUCCGGACUACAACAACCUCAUGUCCUUGUUCGACGCGGUGCUCAAGAUGAUGGUGCCCGGAAUAGUGCUGGGAACCUUCCUGUAUGCUGUCAUUACCAUAACGCUUGUGCGCCUGGCCAGCCUCGCCAUCAAACCCGGUCGGCAUUCAUGGCAUAGCAGAACAGCUUGGGCUGCAUGGCUAACGCGCGGGGUCAUGCUGGACGCCCGAUCGACUCUCUUUCCCAUUUAUUCGAGCCUGUUGACGCCAGCGUGGCUACGUUUGGCAGGAGCAAAGAUCGGCCGCAAUGUGGAGAUAUCGACAGUGGUCCCGAUCCCCAAACUCCUGCAGGUCGCAGAUGACGCGUUUCUGGCAGACGACGUUCUGGUCUCUCCAUACGAACUCGGCGUGGGCUAUGUCCAGCUUGGCGUCACCUCCAUUGGCGAGAAGUCAUUUGUUGGCAACACAGGCCUUGUCAAAGCUGGAACUAGCAUUCCUGGAAAGGUGCUAAUCGGCGUUCACGCUACUGCACCACCCGAAGCUCAAAUGGUUCCGAACUCGACCUGGCUGGGCAGACCUCCAAUAUCGCUCCCACGCCAAGCAGAAGAGCCAGCAAGCUCAAAGCGAACAUUCAACCCACCUCGUAGGCUGAAACUUGCAAGAGCAUUGGUUGAGUCUGGACGAAUUGUGCCAAUGCUGAUUCUCGGUGCGUUGUCGACGGCGGUUUUCCUUGGCAUGCUCUGGUUCUUGGACAGGUUUGGCGUAGGAUGGGCAAUUCUCGUGAGUCCAGGACUUGUCAUUGGCGCCGCUCUCGCCGCUUGCACAAUUACCACAGCUGCGAAGUGGCUGCUGACACCCAAUGUGCAUGCUGGCCAACAAUCUCCUCUCUGGAGUCAUUUUGUGUGGCGGAAUGAGCUCGCCGACACCUUCGUUCAGUCGUUGGCUCUUCCGUAUAUUCGGCCUUGCUUCGGAACGCCGCUUUUGUCGCUCUGGCUUUGCACAAUGGGUGCAAAGAUAGGUCGUGGGGCCUGGCUCGAGAGCCACCUUCUGCCAGAGACAGAGCUCUGCGUUGUCGGGGCGGGCGCGACCGUCAAUCGGCAGUGCGUGCUGCAGACGCAUCUGUUUCACGAUCGACUCAUGCGUAUGGACAAGGUGUGCUUGCAGGCCGGAGCCACGUUGGGCCCCAAUGCAAUCGCUCUUCUCGGGACUGACAUCGCUGCUGGCGUGACUGUUGGACCCAAGUCACUCGUAAUGCGUGGAGAGCACCUUCCUGCUGGGACCGACUGGCUCGGAAACCCGGUGAGACCGUGGUCGCGGACUGUGCCAAAACGGAAGGCAGGAGGCUCGAUUUCAGAGACCUCCUCAGCGAGCUUGGAUGAGAAGGAAAAAUUAGACGUGUAA